AGGCAGGAGGAAGAAGAGCACCGAGGGCUGCAAAGGAAACCAGGAGAAAAGGCAAACAGUAUCUGCUCGCCAGCCAGCAAGGUGAGGGAGGGGACAGGAAGCCGGAGCCAUGCAGUUCUCCAGCUCAGCCAGAGCAGCAGAUGAGAACGUGGACUACUUGUUCAAGGUCAUCCUUAUCGGAGACUCCAAUGUGGGGAAAACGUGCGUGGUACAGCAUUUCAAAUCCGGGGUCUACAGCGAGUCACAGCAGAACACCAUUGGCGUAGACUUCACAGUACGCUCCCUCGAGAUAGACGGCAAGAAAGUGAAGAUGCAGGUGUGGGACACCGCGGGUCAGGAGCGCUUCCGCACCAUCACCCAAAGCUACUACCGAAGCGCCCACGCAGCCAUCAUCGCCUAUGACCUCACACGCCGGUCCACAUUUGAGUCUGUCCCUCACUGGAUUCAUGAGAUAGAAAAAUACGGAGCCGCUAACCUGGUCAUCAUGCUGAUAGGAAACAAAUCGGACCUGUGGGAGAAUCGGUGUGUCCUGUUUGAGGACGCCUGCACGCUGGCUGAGAAGUAUGGCCUCCUGGCUGUCUUGGAGACCUCCGCCAAGGAGUCCAGGAACAUAGAUGAAGUCUUCGUGCUCAUGGCGAAGGAGUUAAUUGCCCGAAACAGUCUGCACCUGUACGGGGAGAGCAUCCAGCAUGGCUUCUCCCAGGAUUCCAGCCCAAUUCUUGUGGCCCAGGGCCCCAGGGAGAAUGCCCGCUGUACUUGCUGAACACGUGCGGAAGGCCAGCACAAACGCCAGGGUGUCCGGGUACCAGUGUCUCCAGGUAGCUUUGCAGGCAGAGCCUUAUUCCUGGCCUGGAUGGGCAGCACAGACUCUGAGGAAAGGGGAUGCCACUGUCCUCAAGGACUGCUAAUGAAAUGAGGACCUCAGGCCUUGGGGGAGGAGGGUUAGGAUGAAUUUUCCCCAUCCUGGUCUCUGUCUCCCCAAUUGUUUUGUAGUGGAGUUUGCUUCUCUGUUGUUCAAAGACAGUAGUGACAGGAAGAACAGGAAUAUGCCGAAAGGAUAUUAGAACAUUCUAGAUUUGGAAACAGCCCAGGACCGGGUAGGGGAAGGUCUGUAAUGAAAAGCCAGACUGCUUCCUGAUAGUCAAAUGUCUUCUUCCCACGGAGCAAGAGCUGUUGGCUAAAAGCCAGAAAUGCCAUCUUGCCAAUUGGUCAGGAACCAGGAGGCAGAUGGAACUGGCCCCUUCCCUGUCCAUCUGUUUGAGCAUGGAGGUGGAAGAGAUGCUUACCAUGAACUCCUAAAGCACCAAAUUACCGACUACACAGAAGUCACUUCUCAAUUGGGAUUAAAUUGUUGCUGAGCAGUGGUGGUGCACACCUUUAAUUACAACACUCAGGAGACAGAGGCAGGUGGAUCUCUGUGAGUUUGAGGCCAGCCUGGUCUAUAGAGCGAGUUCCAGGACAGCCAGGGCUACACAGGGAAACCCUGUCUCAAAAAGCCAACACAAAAGUUUUUCUAAUUGUUCUAUAGAUGAGUUGUAAACAAGCGUUGUGUUGCCUCCCAUACUAUGUGGUGGAGUAGCCCUCAGUUUCAGAACUACAAUCAGAGGGUUCGGGUGUAGCGCAGUGUUAGAGCACUUGGUGAGCCAGUAUAAUGUCCUAGCUUCAAUCCCCGACACUGCAAAAACA